AAAUACAGAAAUCAAAUAAAAAUCUAAACUGAAAAAAUGCCAAACACCAUCUACAUUGCUCUCCAAUGUUGUCAGUGCUCAAUGAUGCAGGCAAAAAUAUCCGUUUCUCUUUAUCUCUAUCUUUGUGUAACUUCAUCAUAUUUUUUUGUGUAUAUAGAGUUUAUUUGCAUUUAUUUGUGUUUUGAGUUCAAUUGCCAGGUGAAGCAGAAGAAGAAGAGCAGCAACAAGUGGACGUGCGUGGUUUGCAACCAGAAGCAGUCAGUACGGAAGGUGUUUGCGCAGGGAUUCAUGGCCAAGGAUCUUCGCGCUUUCGUCCAGUCCUUCAACAUCUCGCGUUCGGGAGAAACAGAACAAGGUGGUGUGGGGGAUGGACUCGAGGCAGAGAUUGAAGUAGAGAUGACAAAUAAGAAACUCAAGUUGAAUGAGUAUCAGACUAUUACUGAUGGAAAAUGUUACGGAGUAGCAGAAGGAGACGAUGAACUUCCCAAAACAUUUUUUGACUCUCUGGGUCAUGGUCAAGUUGGAGAUGAGGAGGCUAGAGCUAGUUCUACCACAAAGCGGAACAGUCCCUUGGCUCAAGAUGACAAGGAGGCGACAACCAUGGCUGCAUCAAAGUGGAGCAAUUAUAUGACUCAAAACGACAAGGAGCCAAGGCCAAAAAAGACCAAUGUUGUCUCAAAAUGGAGCAGUUACAUGACUCAAGAUGAUACAGAGCGGACGUCAAGCCAGGCGACAAUGGGCACGUCUGCCUCAAAAUGGAGGGAUUACAUAAAUCAAGAUGACAAGAAGCCGCCAAGGACAGAAGAGCAAACAAAGACCAAGGCUGCAUCGACAAGGGUUAACCGGUCAACUUCGAAUUGGUGUGAAUACAUGACAGGUGAUGAGGACCAGAGGCCCCAUUUGCCAACAAGAGUGGGGAAGGCUGCUUCGAAAUGGGACAAUUACUUAACCCAUGAGGAAGAUGGCUUAGAACGAGUGAGUGGUAGAAAGACUGUGGAUCACAUAAGUGAUUGGAGCAAUGGUGUUUUUGAGACCACAACAAAUGAUCAGAAGGUAGAAGAUGACAUCCACCCUGAUUUCAUUUGAGGCUUUCCGAUACUAUAAACCUUCCACUUUUACAUUAGACUGUUUAUGCAACCGUGCAAUAUGUGCUCAGAUGCAUCAAUUACUAAAGAGUCAGGCAAAUGCUUGGAAAAUCUUUAA